CCCUAAUCUAAUCACCGUGCCGUGCUCUCGCUUCUUCGCUCCAUUAAUUUAUCAGUCCUAAUUUAUUUUAUUAUUUCCGUCUUCUCAACUUAGUAUCCCGACUGUCCCCGCACCUCCAGAAAGUCAGAACUCGGAUUGCUUGUCAGAAUAAAAUUUCGCACUGGUUCGGAUUGGCCAAUCGGGGAUCCUCCAGUCUCCUCCCCAAGUUCUUGCGCUCCACGAUCGUGCGCGACGGGUUUUCGGCCUGGGUUCCGCCGAUUUCGGCCUCCGGGCAUGGAGCGCCGCGGGUUGCUAAAGGCGGCUCUUUUGCUGUGCUUGCUUGCUGUUUGCUCCGGGAGAGAACUUACGAUCAAACAUAACCCCUCCACUACCAUAUACAACUCCACUCUUGCCAAGAUACUUGUGGAGUAUGCUGCUGCGAUCUAUACUGCUGAUUUGACACAAUUGUUUAAUUGGACAUGUGCUCGAUGCACUGACUUGAUCAAGGGGUUCGAGAUGAUAGAGAUCGUUGUAAAUGUCGAGAACUGCUUGGAGGCAUAUGUUGGUUUUGCUAGUGAUAUUAAUGCUGCUGUUGUUGUGUUUAGAGGAACUCAAGAGAACAGCAUUCAGAAUUGGAUAGAGGACUUGUUAUGGAAACAGCUUGAUCUUGACUAUCCUGGUAUGCCUGAAGCAAUGGUGCACCGAGGGUUUUAUUCUGCCUACCACAACACGACACUACGUGAUGGAGUAGUCAGCGGUAUUCAAAAGACUAGGAAAUUUUAUGGAGAUAUUCCAAUCAUGAUCACGGGGCAUUCAAUGGGUGGGGCUAUGGCUUCAUUUUGUGCACUUGAUCUUGUUGUGAACUACGGACUGGAUGGCGUAAAACUGAUGACAUUUGGGCAGCCUCGUAUUGGCAAUGCUGCUUUUGCUUCUUAUUUCAAGACAUACUUGCCUCAUGCAAUUCGAGUUACUCAUGCCCACGAUAUCGUGCCCCACCUGCCACCAUACUUCUCAUUCUUCCCAGAGAAGACCUAUCAUCACUUCCCAAGAGAGGUAUGGAUCCAUAACAUUGGACUAGGAAGCUUAGUGUACUCUGUGGAGAAGAUCUGUGAUGAUUCUGGUGAAGACCCAACAUGCAGCAGGUCGGUAAGUGGAAUUAGCGUGCGUGACCAUAUAUACUAUCUCGGUGUCAGCAUGCAUGCAGAAGACUGGAGCAGCUGCAGAAUCGUCAUGGACUACAGCAAAUUGCAGUAUCAGAUGGACCUCAACGGUAAUGUCAUAUUAUCAAAGCAACCUGGUUUGUCGAAUGAUAGAGGAUUCACUGCCCAGUGAACCAAUGUAUGAUGUGUAUAGUACGAUAGCAUCACGAAUCAGUAAUGUGAGCUACCACUGCACAGAUGUUCCCUCUCAUCUCCCUUGUGAUGCUAGCUGUUAAAUUAUUCCUGCAUCAAACAGGAGGGUGAAAGGAGCAUGCAGAUUUGGAUAUGCUUGCUGUAAAUGUGGUUGCGUAAUAUAUUGCUCAGUUUGCAAACA